AUGUCGACCAAUCGUCGUCAAGACGCCUAUAAGAACAAGGGACAGUUCAAGGCAGAUGAGUUGCGCCGAAGGAGAGAGGAGGCUCAGGUCGAGAUCAGGAAGCAGAAGAGGGAGGAGAGCAUGGCAAAGAGGAGGAAUCUCGACGCAGCCGCCCUCAGCGAUGCAGAGACCGACGAUGAGGAGGCCGUCGGAGCCAUGCUCGACAAGGACCUUUCUGAGCAACUGCCGAUCAUGAUCCAAGGCGUUAUGUCCGAAAAUCUCGAUGCUCAGCUGGACUGCACCACCAAAUUCAGGAAGCUUCUUUCCAAGGAGAGGAGUCCUCCCAUUGACAAAGUCAUUGGAUGCGGUGUCGUACCUCGAUUCGUUGAAUUCCUUCGUAGCCCACACAGCCCCCUCCAGUUCGAAGCUGCGUGGGCCCUCACUAACAUUGCUUCGGGCACAUCAGACCACACUCAAGUUGUGAUCAGCGAGGGUGCUGUUCCAAUCUUCAUUGAGCUCCUAUCUUCCCAGGUCUUUGACGUUCGAGAGCAAGCAGUAUGGGCACUGGGAAACAUUGCAGGAGACAGUCCCAAGUGCCGUGACUUUGUCCUGGGAGCAGGGGCCAUGCGACCCCUUAUCGCCCUGCUGAACGAGAAUCAUAGGCUCAGCAUGCUGCGUAACGCGACUUGGACAUUGAGCAACUUUUGCCGAGGGAAGAACCCCCAACCCGAGUGGGAGCUGGUCGCCCCCGCCCUGACGGUCUUGACGAAGCUGAUCUACUCCUCGGACGAUGAGGUACUCAUUGACGCUUGCUGGGCCGUCUCCUACCUCUCCGAUGGAGCCAACGAGAAGAUUCAGGCUGUCAUUGAGGCAGGCCUCUGCCGCCGUCUCGUAGAUCUACUUGUCCACAAUUCGACAGCAGUCCAGACUCCUGCGCUUCGAUCAGUCGGCAACAUCGUCACAGGAGAUGACUUGCAGACACAAGUGGUGAUCGCCUCUGGCGCAUUGCCCCCGCUGCUCUCUCUGUUGUCUUCUCCCAAGGACGGAAUCAAGAAGGAGGCUUGCUGGACCAUUUCCAACGUUACUGCCGGCUCUAGCCACCAGAUUCAGGCCGUCAUCGACAACAACAUCAUCCCGCCUCUGAUCGACAUUCUUGCCCACGCUGAUUUCAAGACUAGGAAGGAGGCGUGCUGGGCCAUCUCAAAUGCCACUUCUGGAGGGCUGAACGAGCCCAGCCAGAUCCGUUACCUCGUCAGUCAGGGAUGCAUCAAGCCUUUGUGCGACAUCCUCAAGUCUAUGGACAACCGGAUCAUUCAGGUUGCCCUUGACGGACUGGAGAACAUUCUGAAGGUCGGUGAUCAAGACAAGGAGGCAAAUGGAGCCGGAGCAGUCAACCAAUACGCACUUCACAUUGAAGAGUGCGGUGGAAUGGUUACUAUCCACCAGCUGCAACAUCACGAGAACCUUGAGAUCUACAAGAAGUGUUUCUUCAUCAUGGACAAGUACUUCCCUGACGAGGAGGAUGCUGGAGCGGAUACUGGAGUCGAUGCGCCUCAAGUGGAUGCUUCGGGAGCAUUCGCCUUCCAGCCCACUCUGGCAGCACCAAGCGGUGGUUUCAGCUUCGCAUCGAACGGUCAGCAGUAA